CAGGCGGGCCAGACCCCUGGAAGCAGUGUGUGGCUGACCUCGCUGCUGGGCGCCGCCCUGCUGGCCAUGUGCGUGCUGGGCAUAGUGGGGAACGUGUACACUCUGGCGGUGACGCGCUCCGCGGCCGUGCGCCGCGCCGGCUCCAUGUACGUGUACAUCCUGAACCUGGCACUGGCCGACCUGCUGUACCUCUCCACCAUCCCCUUCGUGGUGGUCACCUACUUCGCCCGCGACUGGCUGUUCGGUGAGGCGGGCUGCCGCGUGCUACUCAGCCUGGACCUGCUCACCAUGCACGCCAGCGUCUUGGUGCUGGCCGCCAUGAGCCUGGAGCGGUACCGCGCCGUGGCCCGGCCCUUCAGCGCCCGCCACUCCUCCACCCGGCACCGCAGGCUGGUGGCUCUGGCCAUCUGGGCCGCCUCCUUCUUCCUGACGCUGCCCAUGAUGGUCAUGAUCCGGCUCCGUGACGGCAAACCGGGCCCGACCGGCCAGGCCAAGCGCAUCUGCUUCCCCACCUGGACUCCUGACGCCUUCAAGGCUUACCUUCUCAUCCUCUUCUUCACCAGCGUCCUCGGACCCGGCCUGCUCAUCGUCGGCCUUUACGCCGGUCUGGCCAGACGGUACUUAGCGGCCCAGUCGAAUUCGGUGGCCGGCAGUCGCUCGGCGCGGAGUCGAGGCCUAAAACAGAAGGUGGUCUCCAUGAUAUUCUGCAUCAUCCUGGCCUACUGGGCCUGCUUCCUGCCCUUCUGGGCCUGGCAGCUGGCCAAACUCUUCUCUCCCGGCCCUCUCCGGGCCCUGUCCCCGACCACUCACACCUACGUCAACUUCCUCGUUACCUGCCUCACCUACGGCAACAGCUGCGUGAACCCACUGCUGUACACGUUGCUCACCCGCAGUUACAAGGACUACCUGGCCCAGAAGGGUCAGCCGUCAGGAACCAGCUGGGGGGACGCGGUCGGGCCAGCGGGGGGCGCGGCAGUGUGACGCCCUUCGACUGGCUGUCAAGGCCGCCCCUGCGUUUGCUCCACAUCCAAUAAAACAUGUCUAGUUGCAUGACUUGUGUCGUUAGUAAAAACUGUAAGAAAAAAAUCUGGAAAAAAAAUGCAGAGCUGAGGUUCAGCACCUCUUCUCACAGAGCUGUCAGCCCCUGCAGCCCACAGCGCUGACAAGCAGGCGAGCGAGAGCAGAGGCUCAUUUCUGGCAUCAAGAAAAUUGCCUCCAAAAAGGGAAUCCUUAAAAAAAUAACACUAAACCUCGGUAUCUUGGUAUCCUAUGGCAAAUUACUGCGCAUGAGUCUGAUUGGAAGCUGAUGCUGUUUGGGGUGCGGGGUGAGAAGAUUCUGAGUUCACGUUCGUCACACGGUCUCUAUGACCUAUUGCAGCUUUGGAAGCAAACGUUCGGUUGCCAAACUGUCAUCUUUACAUUUCUGUCGGUGUCUGAAUCCGGAAUGCAUAAAGGAUGAAAACUGGAGCAUCAUGGGUAGGUUUUAUGAGUAUGCCAGUAGUGGGU